AUGGCUUCGCAGAACAGCUUGCCACAGGGCGAAUUAAUUGCCCCUGCAGUCAGGCUGGUGACCAUGCAACGAUCUUCGUCACUUGUCGGUGAGCAGCAACGCGCGAAACACUCUCCUGCCAACGCCGACCAUCAGCAGGCUGCCGGACUUGAGUCAGAGCGAUGUCCCAUUGUCCUUCCCAAGCAUUACAUCACUAUGGAAGACCUGAGGGCUUUGCAGGCUCGACAGCGGACUCAAGACGAGAAAGGUGUUCUCACAACUGAGAAGUCGCGAACGGGACCACGCCUCCGUAUCGGGCCGCGGAACUGGGACAGCAGCUCCAGUAUCCGCCAGAACCGACACGAGCCAUACAAACCAGCAACCGAUGCGGACCUGGCAGUCGACAGCGAGAAAGUUCAUCGAGUGGAUGAGCGAAGCGAGCCAACAUCCACAAAAGAGUCAGCACCACGCAUUGCAGGCGAGCAUUCUGAGGCGACGCAGGCCCCAACGCUGCAGAAACCGGCACAGCAGACGACAGGGACGCAGACAGAGAAUACGGAAGUCGUGAUCGAUGACGCUACGCAUGCAACUGAAGGUGAACCGGGUGUGGUCAACGCGGACAACGAGACAAGUCACGUUGAGGUCAAAGUACUGCUUUCUCCAUCGGUCAAGGUCACAACGACCGUCUACAAAGCGGGGAAAAAGGUGAAGGAGAUUGUCGUGGAAUGA